AUGGACGAGGGCUGGCAGGCUCUCGAGCGAGACGCCGAGGGUCGGCAGCAGCACAACGCCGCCCGCUUUCCAUCUCGUGUCUCUGCGCUCGCGGAGCACUACGACAACUGCGGCGGCUUCCACGCGGGCACGCACACCCAGCAGGAGCGCUUCCAGACGAUAUCGUCCGCCCUGCUGGCGAUCGGCCGUGAAAUAUUCUCCAGCCUGUGCUAUUGGGGCCACCAGUUCCCCUGGUACUGGGCAGACCAGGUCGGCGCCGCGUCGUACCGCAUGUCAGGCGACAUCCACGCGAGGUUCGCCGAGGACAAGGCCAACAUCUGCAAGACGGCGUAUUAUCUCAACACCGGGUACGCCGCGGUGAUCAUGCUGACGAUGAUCCGGAAGAUGAGGGAGAUCUCGGGAGAUCUCGCAGUUCCAGGCAAAGGAGAGGGGGAGCUGGGCGGACAUGAAUAUGUUGGAGAUCGGCGUCGGGUAUAA